AUGGUCUUCAAAGCCCUCCUCGAAUUCAAAACCCACUACGAAACCGUGCACCUGCCACUCAUCCAAAAGCUCGCAGGCGCCGACUUCCCUCUCUCGCACAGACGUCUCUACCUUGCACGCCCCGCCCCCGGCGAGGACAACAGUUUCCCGGCGGCGGUGCUGAUCGGCAACCAGGACGAUUUCGCCUUCGAUGCGAUUGUGGAGUUGACGUUUACGGAUGAGGCGGCGUUUAAGGUGUUUUUUACGCGGAGACAGGAGGCGGGGACCAAGGAGUUGGUGGAUGCUGAUGAGGAGAAGUUUUUGGAUCAGACGAAGUUUAAGGCGGUUGUUUUGGGGGAGGUUCAUGAGACUACUAGUUAG